AUGAGAUUAUUCCCUCAUACCUUGAAAGACACUGUAAGGGAAUGGUUUCUUUGUUUACCACCUGGAAGCAUUCAAUCUUGGAACGAUAUGGUUCAAGAAUUCACGAUGAAAUUUUUUCCACCUUUUCAAGUUCAUCAAGUCAGGAAUGAAGUCCACACUUUCAAGCAGAAAGAGCUCGAAAGCUAUCCAGAGGUAAGGGAGAGAUUCAAGAAUUUUUUCAGAAAAUGCCCCAGCUUUGACAUCCCUAAAAAGGCUCAGCAAUAUCUAUUCUACUACGGUCUAAAGCAAGAAUUCAGAAAUAUGAUAGAUGCUUCUGCAGGAGGAUCGGUGAUGAAACUUGAUGUGGAUGAGGCAUAUGACUUGUAUGAAAGAAUAGCCGAGAAUCAAUCGAUGUGGCCAACCGAUAGGAAAACGCCAAGGAAGACAGCAGGACUGCAUAAUGUAGAUGCAGUAACAGCACUGGCUGCACAAAUGGAAGUUCUCACAAUGAAAAUGGAUAAUCUAUCUCAGUCAGUUAAUAUGGUACAUCAAUCUCCACCGGUUUGUGAAGGUUGUGGAGCUGAUCAUAAUACUACGCACUGCCCUCUGGCGUCUACACAUGUUAACCAGUCUAAAGAAGUGAACUAUGCGCAGAACUUUCAGAGACACAAUCAGAGACAAGGACAAGGAGGUAACAAUCAGAAUAAACCACCGGGGUUCCAAGAGCAGCAACAACAGCAAGGAAAGAAACCGUCUUUAGAAGAUUUGCUGGCUCGAAAUACAUGUAAAGCGCCAACAACUAUCACAGAAAAGACACCUACAACGGGUGAAGAGCAAGUUGAUGAAUUAGACAAAACAACAGAGAAAAAUCAAAUUGAGUCAUCGGGCAGUCUACGAGUUAAGACAAGCACUCUUGUCAAAGCAUAUGUGCCUCCAAUCCCAUUCCCACAGAGACUGCAAAAACAUAAGCUAGAUAAGCAGUUUCAUAAAUUUUUGUAUGUAAUUAAGAAGCUAUACAUUAACAUACCGUUCGCUGAAGCCCUAGCUCAAAUGCCCAGCUACGCCAAGUUUAUGAAAGACAUCUUAUCAAACAAGAGAAAGCUAGAAGACAAUGAAACGGUCAUGCUUAUUGAGGAGUGCAACGCAAUUCUCCAACACAAAUUACCACCGAAACUAAAAGACCCAGGGAGUUUUACUAUUCUUUGUAAUAGUAGUAAUUUGUAUAUAGAUAAGGCAUUAUGA